UCUAUCUCACAUACUUGUUCUUUAUUUACUCUUCUUUUGCUGGAAAUUAAGAUUCUUUCACCAUUACAGUAAUACAUGAAUUUUUCAUUGAUGAAGGCUUGUUUAAAGUAAAAAUUUUGCGUAUCUUAAUCAAUACCCUUUUCAAUUUAAUGGUCUGUGUUUGCAGGAAGCAACUAGACAGAAGGUAUUCAUGGAGUAGAUUUUCAUCAAACUCAGAAAACAUUAAAUAAUCUAAGCCUAUAUAGUUAGUUUACAUAUUCAUAAUUUUCUUUUCCUUCCUUGCUUUGUGACAGAAGCAGCUCUGGUACUGUUGCUUCUAGAGAUGCCAACUUUUCUCUGUUAUUUUAUUUUAUAUCAUUAUUGGAUUAUGGGUUUUCAAAGAAAUGUGAAUUAUGAUGAAAAAUGAUAUAGAAAAGACUGAUUCUUUUAGAUAAUUGGAGAAUUUUAAGGGUUAGCAUCAUGCAAGGAGGUCCUUCUUGAUGGUUUGUGCAGAGGAAUGGUUUUGAAUAAUAUAGGAUUAGUUAGUGGCCUUUCCUUCAAUCCACAAAUGAAAUUUAUCAGAAGAAGAUUGUUGAAACUAUCAGCAUGUCAGUUAAAGAAGAAUGUGUGCUUCAUCAAGUCAAAUCAAUCUCUUUAGAUGAUCAAUUGGAAAUUAUUCUUGAUGAUUUCAAUGACAAUACAUGAAUAAAGUCUGUUAUUUAGUUUUGUUGCAGAUUAUUAUCAAUCAAUUCAAAAGAAAUAUGAACUAGUUCUAGCAGUGAAUUAGUAUUUGUGUGAAAGGUCUUAGUAAAUAAUGAAAACUCAAGUCUUAUCAUGUUCUUGAAGAUGCAUUAACUUGUUUUCUUUUUGCACCGUGUUUUAUUUGACAGAAUUAACAAAAGGGUUGAGCUUUUAGCAGAAGGUGGCCAUGAAUACCCAUACAGUUAUUUCCUUGAAUAGAAGGGAAAAUUCAAGGGUGAUGCAUACCCAUUACAGUGGAGUUUCCCCACUUUAUUCAGCAGUGAACUUUGAUUCCCUUCAGCCCCAAUGCAUACCACCAAAACCAGUAAAUUCCAUCACCACACAACUCCAGCAGAAGACAAAUGCAAACCCUGUGCCAAAUCAUUCUCCUUCUUCGACUUCUCAUAGCCCAGGUCUUAAAAGCACUAUGUUCUGCACUGAUUUACACUUAUCAUCUAUGAAAAGUUCUGAGACUAAUCGGCCACUGGGAAUCUCACCGUUCCUUCCACAUCCACAUCCAAGUCCACCAAUUGUUAAUCUUGUCAUUCCUUCCAUUGAAUCCUCACUUUUUAUGGGAGGAGCUAUGACUACUGAGUCUGAGAAUGACAAUUUGAAUAGCUUGAUGGACUUGUUUGAUAUUCCUUCUAAGCUUCCUAUUGGAAGAUUUCAAGGUUCGCAGCCUGCAACACAAGGUUUGGUUUUCACAGAGCAGAUGGGAUUGGAAUACAUUUCCAAAGAGCUUGGAAUUGAUGAUGAUAGAAAUGAUCCCAUGCUUGAUGGAAUAUUUGAAAUGCCUCAAGUUUCAUCAUCAAUCUCUUUCAAUGGGUUGAAUUGCAAGAGUAAUGGUGAUUCUUCAUUAGCUCACCAAGCUGGUGGUGCUUGUUAUAACCAUGGGCGACUUCAUGAGGCUGCAGCUUCGAGUAAGCAGAGAAUAAGGUGGACAACUGAGCUCCAUGACCUGUUUUUGGAUGCAGUUAAAGCCCUUGGUGGCCCUGAAAUUGCAACUCCAAAGAAGGUUCUGGGUAUCAUGAAUGUUAAAGGCUUAAACAUCUACCAUGUCAAGAGCCACUUGCAGAAAUAUCGGCUUGCCAAGGAUUUUCCAGAGCAGAAGCAUGAUAAAAAGACAGAAAAUAAGGCAGCUUCUUCAAACAAUGAUAAUGAUGCACGAAUUAAAAGUGAUAUGCAAGUAACAGAGGCUUUGCGCAUGCAAAUCGAAGUUCAAAAGCUGCUGCAUCAGCAGCUUAAGACACAAAAAGAGUUGCAGCUACGAGUAGAGAAGAAUGGAGAGUUGCUAAGAAAGUUGAUGGAAGAACAACCAUCAUUACUGAAUUCACUGUCAAAAUCUGACCAACAGUUGUCUCCUUCUUCAUCUGAUAUUGUGUCCUCAACAAGGCCGCCAGUGGACGGCUCUUCAUCUCAACCAUCCACCCAUGAACCUAGCAAAUCGGAGUCUACAUGUCAUAAAAGGCUCCGAGGAGAAAGUAGUUCAAGAGCAGCUUCUAUUGACAGAUCUGAUGUUUGAUCAAAAACAUUUUGCUGUAUUCCUUUUUAUCUUCAUUCUGUGUAUAUCUUCUGAUGUACAACAGAAACGUAAUAAUUAUUUUUGCCUUGAAAAAAUGAUGGGAAGCAGUGUGUCUGAGAUAUCCCCAUCUGAAAAUCGAAAUAUAUAUCAAUUGGAAACAACCUCUCUGCAAAGCAGCUGAUGGAAGACUGCAUGUAUCAAUCCUCUCAUAGCCUAAGAACCCAUGUAUAUUAAUAUAUU